AGUUCGAAUGGUGAAGGAGUUUUCCUCACAAAGCAUAACCUUUCGACCAACGCGCGGGUGCACCAGUCGGCGCAGAUUGAGUCCAUUGCCGGUUUUUGUUUUUCUCCACCAGGCCUUGUCAUUCUACGCCGUUGCGCUCUCUGCACGUACAACUCCUGUGACCUACACCUUCAUUGCCUUUCUCUUCCUCUGCGAAGCUUCUAGAAAAACGUUUGCACGCCCGUAAUGCCUGCUGAGAAACCGUCGGACGAGGCGACGCCGGCGCGGCCGCCUGCCGCUGUCGAGCCCGUCAUCCCCCAAGACAGCUUCCGUCCGAUUCUCUUCUUACUGUCUUCGCUUACGACGGACCACAUCGAAGCAGCCGCGGUGGCGCAUCUGCUGCAGUCGCACUUCAAAGCUGAUGACUUUUACGUCGUCAACGCGGCCGCCGUCGCCGCUCCCCACGGCUCCCCGUCCGAUACGAAGAAGGGAGGAGGCUCGUCCCGCCCCACCACGCCGGGGUCCGCCCCCGAGGCUGUCACGGCGGCCGUGCAACUGGAACUGAGCCGCAUUGCUGCUGCCCGCGAAGAGGCGCGUCUGGCAGCGGCGCAGGCGAAAGCAGCUCAGCUUGCCAGCCUGCAAGAGGAGUACAUCGAGGACGGCCUGUCACCCGAGCAAGCCCUCGCGGCGGCCGAGGCCGAGCUUCAAGACGCGUCCGACUCGGACUCGGACGAAGCCGAAAAUGGCGACGAGGGCGGCGGCAACGGCGGGGACGGGGAGGGGCGUGGUGGGGCGGCCUCGAGGCGCCUGCCGCCCUGCGUGUGCGUCUUGAACGUCCCCCUCACGUGUUCGGCGAUGGACCGCUUUGCUCGUAGCAUCCCUGGCGUGGCGGCGGCGGUGCUGCUCGAGUCGCGGUGCUGCGUGCGGGAGUUGGUGCCAGGCGCAGCGGCAGCAGCACAGGCCGGGCCAGCGGGCGCGGGCGAGAAGACGAAGAGCCGCGCCGCCCGCAACGGCAGCUCUUCGACGCUGUCGCACGUACGGAGUGGGUCGGCGUUUACCAACGACCUACUCGAUUACCUCAGCGGGGCACCGGCACAGCUGCACGACGACGGCGACGGCCUGCCGAACGUCCUCGUUCAGCGUGUGGAGUACCCGACGGAGGUCACGGACCGCGCCUACGGUGGCGCGGCCUCGACCGUGCGUUUGUCGGUCACACCUGCGCACUUCGUGUCCAGCGUGCACGCGCUGCUCCUUCGCAUCUUUCAAUGUUGGCUUCGGUACGAGUCGUGGCGCAGUCGUCGGGUCUGCGUGCGCGUCCCGCCGUACGCCCCACCACGCGACGCCGACGCCAUCGCAGAGGGCAAAACGCCGGAGGACCCCCUUCUCCACCCGCCAGACCACCGCCUGAGCAAGCAGAAGAGCGGCGCACCGACCGGGUCGGAGGCCACCGCCAUCGUCAAUGCCGCUGCUUCUCUUCCCGCCGCUGCGGCAGAUGUGCCCGCCGUGGCGAACCCGCGCACCAUGGCGGAGGUCGCGGCGGAGCGCUUUGAGUACGGUGCGUUCAUGCAGCGUUGGGCCGCGGCGCAGACACCAAACGCGCCGCACACCGACUCGAUGGCCGCCCUACAUGCGUGCCUCGCCGCGUGCCUUCAUCAGGUGAGUUGUGCGGACGGCACGAGUGUGCUGCGCAGCCGUGCGGAGACCUCUGCGGCGCAGUUGCUGGAGGAUGUGCGUGCCGCCACGGAAGCGUGUGCCCACUCGCACGUGGUCGGCAGCGGUGCCGGGGUGGGGGGCUGGCCGCCGCAAGUGGACGCGGAAGGAAGUUUGAGCCUCGCGAAGAUCCACACGGAGGCGUUGCGAACCCCCUUUUGCUUGACGACGCCAGCGGCGGAGCCUCAGACGUGUGUUGCCGAUGUAGCAGCAGCAGAGACGAUCGAGGCGGCACUGGCGGCAUUCAUUUCAUCAGAGGCGGCUGACGGCGCCGAUGCUCUCUCCACAAUUUCUGCCGCGCUGACGUCCACAAGCGGCGAUGGCGAUGCGCUGCAUUGGCUGCGGCGUGCUCUCGUGGCGCGAGAACAACACGGCUGGUACGCCGCCUCGCACGCCUGGCGGUCCGCCACGUUGUGCUGUUUGCAGCGACCUGCCCGGGCGCACCGCAUCGCCCACAGCGGCUUCGUCUUCCGCGGGGCGACGACGUUUUCGCAGUUCUUCCGCGAUGAAGACUUCCUGGAGGCGGAGGAGCGCGUGUACGAGUUGGGCUCCUCCGACAGCGAGUCAGAGGCGGAGGAGGAGGAGGAAGCCGAAGAAGAAGAAGACCCGCUGGAGGACUCUGCGGCGGACACGCAGUCGACCGCCAGCGCAAACAGCGGUGCCCCUCCGUCGUCGGCAGCGGCGCCAGCGACCGUAUCCACAGCAGCCACAAAGCUGAACACUUCACCCACCGCCGUCACCCCCGCUGCCGCACUUGUGGACCAUACAUCACUGGUGCUGAAGCAGCUGCGGCGUCGCCGCAUUCUGGAGCAGGUGCGCGCCUGCCACUCCCGUCCGGCUGUGCAGGAGAUGGGCGUGCCUGCUGAUCGGUGCCAGGCCGUCGUGACCGAGACGAGCUGGAUGUGUGCUGCCGAUGGUACGCUGAUCGAGGUCGCACGGACGGCGGCGAACAGCUCUCAAGUGCGUUGCACGGUGAUGGCGGACCCGUCUGGCACAGUGGAGGGCGGCUACAUGCUCGAGUGCCCCCCACCUCCCGCCUCCAUCGCGGCGGAGAGCAGCAGUACGACGCCGGCGGCGACACCAUCGGGUGUUUCACCUCGCGGCCAGCAGACGCAGACGCCGCCGCCGCCGCCACCGCCAGCGAGUCCCGAAUGGACUCUUGACUCGGGCGUGCGGGGAUUCCUGAGCGUGGCCGACCGUCUCCGCGUUUUUACAAAAGUGGAGGCCGACAACUCACACGCCGUCGAAUUGGCCGCCUACACCCUCGCCGUCGCCGCGGCGAAGGAGGCGGCUGUGGCGCAGUACGAGGCGCAGUUUAGCAAGGGCGCUAAGGCAGCCAGGGGGCGCGAGAAGGGCGGCGCGGCCGCUUCCCCGCUUUCACUGGAGGACAUCACCGCAACGCUGCUGGCCGCCCUCCCGCCGCCGCCGGCUGCCUCACCCGUCGAGUCAUCAUCCGGUGAGCCGCCUGCUGCAUCGAGGGCCCUCUCCCCACCGCUGAUGCGCGUGUUCGCGUUAUUUCCGUCGCAAGGCUGCGUGCUGACGUCGGUGUUGUCAAGUGCUGCCGUGCCGGGUGUGCGCCUUGCUGUUCUACCGGGCAGCGAAUACGUUGCGUCCGGUAUUCAGCUCAACGCGGCCACCUCUCUCUCCUCCCCGCUCUUCACGGUGCACCUCUGGUGGGACAACCAACUGUGCACGCUGCCGGUGUUGCGCCUCUCCGCCGUGCACUUCUACGUGGACGGCGUGGCGGAGAUCGUGUCACCGGACCUUCCACCGGCGGUGCGGGUGCUGCUGCAUCCCAAUGGCAGCUACCUGACCGAGGUGGGCACCGGUCGGCUCUUUGUGAAUCCCGGUGGCUGUUGCACGCUCUUCCGCGGUGACGCUGCGGGCUGUGCGGUCGUGCAUCAGCUGCACUCCGGCUGGGCCACCGCGGUGACGAAUUCUGCGCUGCGCCGUGCGGAGCGGGAGGACGGCCUGCAACAGGAGUUUGUGAGCCCAGCGAAGUCAGGCGAGGGAGAGCACAGCGCCACUGCCGGGUUGGGUGCUCUGUCGAAGACGUUGUUUGGUCCUGGUGUGGCGGUGCACAAGGGCGACGGCACCGACGCGUGGCGCUGGCAAGUGGCCGGCCUGCCGGUGAUCACCUGCGAUGCCGCCACGCGCAACGUGUCCGCCGCCCUCGACAGCAACGGGGCGGACUGCUGGGUCUACGCCCCCGAUGACGGUGUUUUUGAACUGCGCAUGAACGGUACGCCGAACAGGCACGGCAGCGUCGCCGCGACCCUUUCCCUUCGCACGUCCCGCCUCACGCUGUGGAGCGACGCAGCGCCGCACAACGGCGGGUUUGUGGUGGAUUGCGCGUACGGUGGGGUCUGCGGGCGCGUGCACACGUCGCAUCUCUACCGCGUCUCGCCGUUUGGUCGGUGCUCCGAGGAGGCUGCGGUGACGCAGGCUGGCGCAUCGCCAUGGCAGCUUGUGUUGCCGCCGCAGUACAAGUGUCCAAAGAAGAAGACGCCGGAGGUGGUACUGCAGGCGGAGUACGUCAGUGAAGCCUUCCACCGCGCGCUGGGUGGCCCGGUGAAGAGCGGGGGGCCGUCGCCUGACGACGACGGUGACGAGGAAAGCACCGCACACACAGCGGUGCUGCAUCUGCGGCGCAACCCGCCCGAGCUCAGCUCUGAGGUGGUGACCGAGGAAGAAGAAAAAGCUGGGAGCAACGUGGAGGAGAAGGGUGGUCCUCUUUCAAUUCUAUCGGGCACGAUCACCGCUUCCGCCGACGCGCACGGGCGGCGAGUGCAGUGCACAGCGUUCAACGAUGUCGACUCCACAGUGGCGACCGUGAUGGACGCCGCGUCGUGGUCUAGCUACGCGCGGUGGCUGAGCGCACUUCCGGAGACGGUACUGCGUCGCUUGCCAUCGAAGGAAGCGUCGCCGACUCGUGCAUGUUCGGCACUGGCGUUCGAUGUAGAACGAUGUGAAAAACGCACGGACGACCUGUACCCGCUCACGGUGGUGGACGACGAAGCCACCAGCGAGGCCGCACCUACGCCGCAGCGCUGUGUUGUCCUUCGCUUCCCUGACAAGUCGUCGUCGACAACACCGGCCUGGUACGCCUCGACAGACCUCUCGACUGCGCUGGACGAGUGCCGUCACGGUCGCAGCGUGCACGAUGCGGAGGCGGUGACAGACGUCUUUGCGGGUACGACGGAGGUGCACGCCGAUGUCGAAAUAAACAGCGUUCACGACACGCACGUGGAGGACCCGACUCCGUCGCUCGAGCUCGCUCAAGACGAAACUGAGCAGCUGCCCACCCAAGCGACCGCCCAUCACGAGGCGGCGGAGGCGGAGACGACGACAACGCGGAUGGCAACCGUCCCCUCAUUGUCCCCUGUCAGCCACGUUUCUGGCGCGCUCAAUUACUGGAGCUCGCCGUGCUGCCCGCGCUUACCUCUUUCAGACGAUUCCCCCACCUCAAAUCAUGGUGAGCGCGAGGUUGGCGCAGCAGCCCUCGACGCAGCCGAUGCGGCUGUUGCCGCCGUGAGGUCUGCGGAAAGCGCUACCGCUGCCGCGCCGUCGCCGUCGUCCAUGUCCCGUUCGCAGCGGAUCGCACAGGCGUGUGCGAAGGUGCCGCUCAUGCGGUCUUACUCCCCCGCCGAAGACGCACACGCCGGCACCACCGCCUCUUCUCGCUUUCACGAACCAAUGUUGUCAGUGCAGCCGCAGCUGAUCGACUUCGGCAACGUGCACCGUGGCCGUCGCUACGUCGCGAUGUUUGAGCUGACGAACACGUCGACGGUGCCGUGUCGCUACCGCGUGCGUUCCUCCGUGGCGGUACGGCCGUUUCUUGUGGUGUCCUAUCCCCGCCACUUCGUUGCGCCGGGCAUUACCGUGGAGGUCACUGUCGAACUCUCCGGAUGGCAGCCGCUCGGCGUGGUGGACUCGGAGCUGACCGUCGUCCACGAAGGUGGCGCGAUGGAGGUGGGCGUGGUGUGGUGCACCACCGAUGCAACGCACAACGUGCAGAUGGGCCGUGGUGUGGCGUGCGCUGGGUGGUCGGUCAGCAAGCCGGCUCUGCAGCAUCCGUUGAAGGUCGCCGCAGACAACACGGAGGACGGGGAGAUGGUGGAGGAGGAGGAGCGGUGUGAGGACUCCGACUCGGAGGAGUCGACAGCGGCACCGAUCGUGCCGAGUUGA